CUCCCUCUUUCUCUCUCCCUUGGCUUCCCUAUGAUGGUUGGCCCACUCCUGGUGUGGGUGGGCAAACAGAAGUGUGUGCGUGCAUGUGUGUAUGUGUGUGCGUUCAGGUGUGAGCAUCGGCCUUGGUGCUGGACUCAGAGAGAAGUCAGCGCCCGGACAGUGUGGCAGGCAAAGAGCAGGUUAGAGCUCUCUGAGGGGGCCCUGAUCGAUGACCAUGGGGCCAAUGCACUGAGGGCUCCCCCAAACGAAAUAUAAAAAAUCAAGAAGGAGGGGAAAAUAACCAAGAAAAAGAAAAGACAGAGAGAGCAGAACAAUGGUUGCAGAGGAAGUGAUAAUUACAUUGUCCGGUGGAGCACCAUGGGGCUUUCGUCUCCAGGGAGGUGCGGAGCAUCAGAAACCACUUCAGGUGGCUAAGGUGCGUAAACGCAGCAAGGCAUGCAGGGCUGGGCUGCGGGAGGCUGAUGAGCUGCUGUCCAUCAAUGAACAUCCCUGUGGGACUCUAUCCCAUGCCCAGGCCAUGGACCUCAUCGAUAGCUCCCCUGGGAUCUUACACAUCCGGGUCAAGAGGGUGCCUGCUGGUUUUCAGUCCGUGGUGCUUGUGACCCGUGCCCCAUCUCCCCGUAUUGACAAAGAGUACCGCGCUGCUCUGCGUGCCAUGUCGCCCACCCACCCCCACCAUGCACCUGUCCGUGAGGUCCACCGUAGCCGCUCCUCUCUGACCAGUGGUCUGACAUCUCCACCUGGUAGUGAGGCUUACUACGGAGAGACUGACAGUGAUGCAGACGUGGCGGGCUAUGAGAGGCAGCGUCGGCAGAAACGCCGCAGCCCAAGCAACUCCAACCCGGGGAAACCAACAGGACGUACCUCCCCAGAGGGCGGGGAGACAUCAGAGAUGAGUGGCUAUGACAGUGCUCCAGAUGCACAUGUUUUCCCCAGUUUGUUAGAUAAACGUGUGGGAGAUGGAGAUGAAGGAGGAGGGCGGCCAGGGGUGGCACGGAGGGAGGUAAUUUACCAGCCUCCUGCUCCAGGGAUGUGGUCCUCCCAGACAUCCACUGAGACCUCCUCCAUCAUCUCCUCAGCAGAUGACCAGGGGCCACGAGAUGGAGGGCAAGAGGAGGAUAGUGGCUUUCUAGAGAUAGCCAACGUUCCACUGGUGUCCCCUGAGAGGGCAAAGGAGGCCAUGAUGCUGGGCUCCCGCAGCCAGCUUGUGCCCAUGGUGGGUCCUGUGAAUAAACCCAUUGACGAAGAGCUAACAACAACCUACAUGGAAAAGGCAAAGCAAGCCAAACUGAAUCGAGGGGAUACACCGCAAGACAAGAAUGUAAAGGAAGCCAAAAGCAAGUGUCGAACAAUUGCAUCCCUACUGACAGAUGCUCCCAACCCUCACUCCAAGGGGGUCCUGAUGUUCAAGAAAAGGCGGCAACGCUCCAAGAAGUACACCCUCACCAGCUUUGGUAGUGUGGAUGAGGAUAGGUGUCAAGACUCACAAGAGGAGGAUGGAGUAUUUCCUGGUAGUGAAUCAGAGUUUGAUGAGGAUGGGUUCUCGUCAGCUCCUGACCCAACUUGGGACAGUGACUACUUGGAUAUGCUGGAGAAGAGGGCAACUGCAGGCACUGAAGGUCGUGGGGAUGGGGCAGAGAAUGCUCCGAGUCCAGGGUUGAGUGACACGGCAGGUAAGGGUGCCCAGUUAUUUGAGCAACAAAGAAAGAGAGCUGCUGAGCAUGCCAAGAAGGUAGAGGCUGCACAACCCCAGGCUCCUCCACAGUCUCAAGUCCAGGAGCAGACUCAGAUGCAACACUUACAUCCAGAGAUACAAUCACAGAUGCAACCAAACCUUCAGCCUCAGCAGAUGAUAACAGCUGGUCCUCCAGCCAAACAGCAAGAGCUUUCUCAGGCUUCAGAACCAGUGGCAGUCCAUGGAAUGUCCAAUGGGGACCUAUCAUACUCCACAGUUAGUACAACUUCCAUGGUGAUGCCAUCUCCACCUGUGGCACCCAAACCAGCCACUGCCUCAGUGACUAUUCUGACCAGCCCUGCACCACCAGCUGAAACACCAUUACCAGAAUUAUCUGCUAGUAAUGUUCUCAACAGAACGGCACGUCCUUUCACUCCUGGCUUUAUAAGCAUUAGAGCUGCGACUGCCCCUGUAACGUUCCGACCACCUGUCACAAAAGCAGCCCAGCGUCCUGCCUCAGCAGCUAUUGCGCCACCACCAUUUUCCUCUGCCUCUGAACUAACCAUUAACGCUACAUCGGUACCAUCUCAGCUGCCCCCUGGUCCUCCAAUAGUGUUCUCCCAACAAUCCUCUGUAUCUCAAUGUCCCUUGGCCCUGGCACAAGAAGCUCCUGUUACUUUUCAUUCUCCAGCUAUCUCUACUUCUGUAGAGAAAAUUCAGUCAUCACCACCAGUAACUGCUGUUCAUCAUGCUCCAUUCGCACCUGUACCCCCAGUGUGUAUGCCUUCAAUGCCCCUGGCUCACCAAGCACCAAUGGCUCCAGCCCCAAUUCCUGUUGUAUCUCAGAUUCCUAGUUCAGCUGAUCCCACUGUCCCAGUGUCUCCAGUUCAAGUGGCAGUUGCUCAAUCAUGUCCACCUCAAUUUUCUAUGGCCCCUGUAGCUACAGUGUCAGUGGUUUCUCAGCCAGAAGCUGUAGCUCCAACCCCCAUUCCUGGUCCAACAGGUCGCACAGGAAUCUUACUUGAUGCUCGACGACGUGGUGGAAAACCCAAACCUAUGUUCAAUGUGCCAGAUGUCACAAAGAACUCCCCCAAUCCUGAUCUGUUGUCUAUGGUGCAGAACCUGGAUGACAGGACCAGCCGACAUAAAUAUGGCCAACCACCAUCUGACACCAUCUAUGAUGGUGACGAUGAAGAGAGAAGUGGCGAGGUCAGCAUGGGGAGGGCACCUCCUCCAGUGGCACCCAAGCCUAAGGUCAUCCACGAGACACCAAAGUUUCUUCAAGCAGGGGGUAAGGGGGCCCAGCUGUUUGCCCGCAGACAGAGCCGCAUGGGUAUGUAUGUGGUGGACACCCCACCUGAGACCCGUUACCAGCAGGAAGUGGCCCAACACCUUGACACGUCCCACAAUUCUUCUCUUUCCUCUCAGUGGAAAUACUCGCCAAAUGUUCGUGCUCCUCCACCCAUUGGAUAUAAUCCACUUUUGGGCCCCACUAUCCCUACAGGGCCUCAGAGGGAUAUAGGUAAGCCAGACAGCAGAGGUAGAGGAGGCUCCCAAAGAGAGGGUAUCAAAGCUCUGGAUUUCAUGAGAAGGCAGCCCUACCAGCUCAACUCUGCCAUGUUCAACUAUGGGGGCAGUACAGCCAACCUAUCAGCCAUGCCUUCUUACCAGGCCCAGAGGCAGCAACAGGGUGACUACACAACAACAAUGGUGGGUAGCUCAUUAACCUCACCUAAGCAGAUCCCCAUCAAAACAGCCCGUGUCUUCGAGGUCAAGCGAUUCUCCACACCAACACCCAUGUCAGCUCCUACUCUGGCUACCAAAGUCAUUGCCCCCCGCUCAGCCACUACCCUUGGAGAACGUUUGACUCAUUCCGGCAUGACCUCCCCACCUCCUGCUUUUUUCACUCCAAACCCAACCCCAGCCUUUACACCAGCACCAAUCAGUGCUCCAACCCCAGCUUCACCUGCCUCUCAACCAGCUGGUCUGCCCAGCCUCCCGAAAUUCUCUGCCACCCCUAUUCCAAACCCUGUGCCCCAUGCAGUCCCUACACCUUACACACCAGUUUCAUACAACACUGGGCUCCAGACAGCCAAGCAGUUCCAGAGUGCUCCUGAACUUAGUAUCCUUGCCUCUUUGCCCCCACUCAAACCCGACCCAGUUCAGGCACCCAAACCACGUUUUGUUGCCACCAAGGGAGGCAUCCAGCCCCGUGUCUGGAGGCCAGGGGCAAUGUGAACACCAGUAAAUCAGUCACUACCACACUUGGACAUUUUCAUGUCCUAUUCAUUUAGUACUGAAAUGACAAGUUGAUUUUGUUAAUUGGUUCAUUGUUUAAAUCAAAAAUGGCAAAUAUCUAUUGGUUCCAAUUUCUGAUAUUGGAAUAUUUCCGAUAUUCUGCUUUUCUCUUCUUAUAUCACUGUGAAUGGAAUAUCUUUGAGUUUGGGGUGGUUGGUUUGAACAAUACAGACAUAGUGGAAAUUUGGCUUUGGGAAAUUAUGAUGGGCAAUCUUCUAAACAAUUAAUCAAUUCAAAAAGAAAUUGACUCAAGUUAAUUUAAAUCUAAAAAGUGUAAUAGAUCAUGGUAGAUGAGCUCAUCUACUUGCUGCCUGUCACAUUAAUUUUCGCUGCCUACACAUUUACUCACACAUGUAUCUGAGUGACAAUAAUAAUACUAGCACAUACUGUAUGCUGAAUAGUCCACCAUAUGCCUGUCCUGGGGGAGGUUUGUGUAAGGCUUCUGGAGAUCUCUUUCUACUAAUGUUGCAGAAAUACCAUCUAAACAGAGCCUGUACUGAAUAUUCUUUGAAACUUGAAAUGUCUGAAAGAUGUUGAAAAUUAAUAGUUGUGGUUAUGACCAUAGGAUUAAAUCACUGAAGAUGUUUGUUGUAGUAUGUUGACAGGUGGAGGAGCAUUAAGCAAAAAAUAGCAGACUUUCAACAUGAAAUUCUGUAAUUCAGUAACAUCAGUCCUAAAACACAAAAUGUUUUUACCCAUAAUGGCUCUAGUCUUCUCUUCCAGGGGUUUUAAUGAUGUAUGACUGAAAAUUGAAAAGUGUUUUUAAAUACAUCAACUCACCAUGAAGGUUAAACUGAACUGAACAUGAAGACACGUUUGGCCAGAGAGAAAUGCUAUCUUAUUAGCAUGGGUCACAUUCAACAAGUGCCUGGGCUGUCACUGAAUGUACACUUGUCACUGGAUAUUACACCUUCCAACUGCCACUUGGCACACCAGGGCCUCCUAGCAUGAGUGUGAUCAUGCAGAUAUAUGUAUAUUCUUAAAUUUUAUUAAAUAAAUAAGACGGAUGAA